UUUUCUGACUCACAUCGCCUCCUCCUCGGGCUGACUUAGCUCCUCGUCGUCGGCGUCUUCGGAUCACUUACUGUGAAUCUGUGUGGAGAAUUGAAUCCCGCAAACUAUUUCCACAACAGCUUGGCCACACUCGCACACACGGUUUGGUGGCUAGCAAGGCUGGAGUUUUUCUCAAAUUUCUUUCGCGUUUUAGAGACGAAUCGAGAACAAUUAGAUUUGUUUGUGUUUGUGUGUGUGAGUAGGAGGAGGGAAGUAUUGCAUGCGGUUUGAGAUUCGAGGGUGGUGAUAGAGGUUGUGCCAUGGAGGAGGAAGCAUUGCAUGCGUCGCCGGAGUCGUCAAUGGAACAGCAAGGGAAGGAGUCUGAGGAUAACGUCAGUAACCGAGGAGCUGGUGCCGGAGAGAAGGGGGUGGAGACCUCGGAGCAAGUGAGGAAUCAGUCCGCCGAAGCCGCGCAAACGUGGCGAGAUAAGCUGCCGGAGGUGGUGCGUCAAGGCGCGGAUCUUGUCAAGGCUAAGGUGCAGCCUCUGAUGGAGCACCCAUAUGUCGCCCAGAGUGCGGAGACGGUGCAGCAGGGGAUUCGGCAGACGUCGGCGGUUAUCGCACAGAGCGCUGCGGCUGCUCCCGCGAGGUUGCAGCCGAUUGUUAACCACCCUUACGUCCAGAAGUCGACGGGUGUGCUCAGCUCUGGCGCGGCGCAAUUCAAGCCCCUGGUGGUUAGCACUACUGAUAUUGUGUCCAGCAGCUUGCAGCCCGUGGUUGGGAAGGCAGCCGAGACGGUGCAGCUUAGUAAAGAGACGGCGAAGAAGAUAUACUAUAAAGAGGAAGGCUACGAAUCGGCCAAAAUCUUGCCGUACUUCGCAGGCAGCCUCGGGAUUUUAAUCUUCUGCAUCCUCCUCGCAGGCUGGAGUUCUAGCGAUGGAAGUUCCAAAUACAAUGUGGAUGUAUCCAACAUAGUUGCUGAUAAGAUUAAGCUGCCGAAUGGACGGCACUUCGCCUACGUUGAGCACGGCGCCAGCAAAGCGGAUGCAAAGCACAACGUUCUGUUUGUCCAUGGCCUCAUGUCAUCUCGACUCUUGGGACCCUCUGGCAUUAAUGAGGAUUUGCUCAAGAAGUACUCGAUUCGUUUGGUGUUUUAUGACCGGCCGGGGAUUGGGCAAAGCGAUCCUCAACCGAAGCGCACCUUGAACUCAUCAGCAGAAGAUAUGGCAGACAUCGCCGAUGCAUUGGGCAUGGGAAGCAAAUUCUGGGUCUUCGCCCACUCCGGUGGCGCCGUGUACGCAUGGGCUGCCCUCCACUACAUUCCUGAUCGACUGGCUGGAGUGGCCAUGUUUGGACCCUUGAUGAACCCAUACGCCAAGAACAUUACAAAGGAGGAAAGCAAAGCCAUGUGGGCUGGUUUGAGCGGGUUGAGUUCCCCAUUCUGGUACGCUCGGCACUUUCCUUCUUUCGUCCCCAGAAAACUCAAGAGUAAUAUCAAGAAGGUCAACAAAUACAUGAAGAACAUCAAGCAGUCUGUCAAUUCGAAGGAUCGCGCUCUUAUUGAGACAGAUGCCUUUGGUGAAGCGUGGGAACGUGCAGUUCAGGAAUCAGUGCGUUCAAAAGACCCCAAGCCACAUGCACAGGAUCUGAUCCUGCAAGCUCAGGACUGGGGCUUCCAGUUAUCCGAUAUCCGACCCAAGCCAGCGAAGAGGAGCUUGCUCAGUCGCAUUUUUUUAUUCUUUAGAAGCUCAGAAAUGCCUGGGUUUUCCGGACCAAUCCAUAUUUUUCAUGGAACUGAGGAUAAGGUAGUGCCUUUGGUUAUGAGUGAGUAUGCGAAGCGGAUCCUUCCCCAAGUGGAGCUCCACAAACUGCAGGGAGAGGGACAUUACUCCUGGUUCUUCAACUGUGACCACUGUCACCGUGAGUUAUUAAAAACCCUAUUUGGUGAGGUGGCGGGGCUAGAGGAACUGGACGCGCCAGUUGCGUCGGAGGAUGGCAUCAACCCAGAACCUGAGAACGAUGAACACCAACAAAAUCAGGAGGAAGAGAAUGCAAAGACUCUGGAGCCUCAUCUGAGGAUUGAGAAGCCUAAAGGCGUGAUACCGCAAGGGCCUGAGAAGCCAGAGGAAGGGGCUCUAAAUGACCUCACCAUCGCUGAGAAAGAGGCUGAGAAGAUUGCUCUGUUUAAAGAAGCAGGAUUGGAGCCCCCAAUCGAACCCCAAAUCGGUCUCAGCCCUGAGCAGUAUGACGAACUACAACACGAGAUUGAGGUAAAACAUAGCCAUGAGCAUGAGGCCAAACAUCAUGAGGAACUCUGAGGUGUAUGUAUUACUAAGUCUUCGUACUGGAAGUGUCGAAAUCUGAGCUUUGGUUAAGUGCAGGCAUUACGUAGGAUGUUUGAAGGUAGUUGUGCAUUUGCAACGAUUCUACUACUCUGGAAAUCAAAUGUAUAUAUGGAGGUCCGAAGUAGCUUGGGUGGUCAAACUGCCUUCACUGUUAUAUCUCAGCUUACAAUGUGACUACAUUUCACAUCAAGGUUGUAAUGAUCUCACAGUUGCAUAGAAUAUAUUACACAAACGUUGGAAUGCCAAUUUUUCUGUGGGUGCAUUCGUCAUUUGGUAACGUCA